GCUACCAGUGCCAGUGCCAUUUUAAGUUCUACCGACAGAGUCUAAAGUAUGAUUUCUAUGUAUGAUGGAAGAUAUUACUUGAUGUAAAAUGGGGAAUUCGCAGAGUGUAGAAAACCAAAUUACCCCUCACACGAGCCGGCAGAACACACAGAUCAGUGUUCUGCCGGUGGAAGAGGGGCUGGAGAUGCGAAAUUUCCAGAAUCCACGCACGCCGUCUCCAUCCGCCGGUCAGACUUUUGCAGAGAGGGCCUGGAACGAGGGUUCUGACGGCCCGGAUGUCUCGGCUAAGAUGGCUAAUGGGACAGGGGCUAAAAAGGGGACAGAGAAAAAAAUCAACACCAAGAAAGUGAAAGAAAAAUUGGAGAAAGUGCUGGAUUAUAUGAAUGCAAAAAGAUCGAACUCAAUUCUCUCUGUACCCGCAUCUACAAGAGAUGUUGUUUACGAACUGAACGAAGAAGAUCCGGACAACGAGACGGCAGAAGAAACAUCUGGGGCGCGGGGUCUGUCACUUAAAUCAAUCACAGAUCAGCUAAAGAAACAACAGCCGGUAGAAAAAUAUAACGUGAUUGGGAAUUUCUUUGAAAGGAUGGGAUCGAAUGUCGGUACAGAUAGAUCGCCUGAGGAGUCAGAACGAGGCCCCUCCCCAGCGGAUAUAGGAGAACCUAUGAUGAAGAAGCGCCCCCUAGGAGACGACCCACGCCCCGCCACCGUCCUCGAAAAGAAGAAGCCCCCGGGCUAUCGUGAUGAAGUGCGGAAUAAGCUGGCAACAUCGGAACUGAACAGAGAAGUGCCUGUGUUGCAGUUUGCCACGUUGAAAUACCACCGGAAGUGCAUAUUUUCUCAUUCUCACUGUGUGUACACACGUGAUGAAUCCAUCCUCCAGGACAUGCCGCCUCCCCACCCACCUUACACACGGAAGUCCGAAAUCUUUGAAGCCUCGCAAUACAGGAGAGUGGACAAAAAGGCGGUGAAGGUUCCCAAAUCAGUCUUGAAUGGGCUGCUAUGUGAAUUGGUGGGUCAUUUGACAGAUGCUUACAAAGAUGACACCUCCAAACUUCGCGCACUAUACGUAUGGCUUACGUCACAGAACCUCCGUAAACUCAAACUUCCACUAAAACCAGCACGAGAUGGAUACGUGUUACAUUACCUAGAAAAACUCAAGAAAAGAAAAGGAAACUACGCACACCUCUUCAGUCAUCUCUGCAAUUUGGCAGGCCUACCCUGUGUUGUAAUCCAUGGUUACCUAAAGGGCAGCACAUAUGAGAUUGGACAAACUUUAACAAAGGACGCCCAUUACGGAGAGUGGAAUGCAGUCCUAGUGGACAACAACUGGCGCCUAGUCAAUACGUAUUGGGGGUCAUGUGCUGUAGGGGGUGCGUACACCAACGAUGUAACCACGUACCGUUUCGAUGAAAAUUUUUUCAUGCCUGAUCCCGAUCAACUUGCCUAUACACAUUUCCCAGAAGAAAUGAAAUGGCAGUUACUAGAGCCUGCUAUGUCUAUGUUUAACUUUGAAAGACGUGCAUUUUUGAAGGAAAGAUUCUUUGAGCUAGAUAUGCGCGUCUUAUCACAUCCGGACUGUGAAAUCAAAGUUCAAAAUGGAGAAGAGGAAAUUUUGUUUGGAAUGAACGAAGAAAGAGCCCCACAUUUGAAAUUUAUGUGUUUGAUAUAUAUGAAAGAAGAAAAGGAUUAUCGGAUCCUUUACGAUGACGAGAACCGAUAUCAGCAUGAUUUUCUCUACAAACCAAAUGAAGAUUCCUUGUCCAUAAAGAUACGAUUCCCAAAGCGUGGUACCUAUCGAGUUGAAAUUGUUGGCAAAGACACCACAAUCAUGGACGAAAAUUACGAGUAUGACUGGAUUGCUAUCUAUAAAGCAACAGUUCUCUCUGGUCCCAAGAAAUACGCAGCCUUCCCCAAAGCUGCCGAUGCUGGUUGGGGAAGCAGUCAACUUUUACAAAAACUGGGACUUACAUCUGCAAAUUUUGAGCAAGAUAGAGCAGUGGUGACAGCAGAGGAGGGAAUGUGCACGAUCGGAUACGACAUCAACACUCCCGAGGCGGAAGAUUUGUCAUUGUCUUAUAAAAUGAUCAACGUCAAUUCUGGACUUGAGGACGUAGCAAUGGAAACCAACGCUUUUACCAAAGAGGAUGGAAAAUUUCAGGUUUACAUUAAUAUACCUCCCGGUGAUGAGGGUGCGUUCUGUCUGUUUGCCCAAGUAGACGACCCGGAAUAUGGAUCAAUUGAAAAAAAUCUAUGUAACUAUUUGAUAAUAUCCACUCCACUGAAGGAACUUGACAAGCAGGAAAAGAAGGAGGUGAAGGUGGUAGGAGACGUGCUUGAUGAUGCCAUUCACUUCAAACAGUUGGAAAUGCUCGAACGAGCGGUUGAUCUGGUGGAAACCAAGAGAAUGGGUCGUCACAUGUAUACUAAACUGGAAGAGGCGAAAGAGACCAUAGAUCGACUGAAACAUAUUUCCAAAAUGAUGCACAAGGUUCUGGCACUAGAUCAGAGAACAAUAGCCGAAAUCCGUGGCUACUCUUAUCCUUCGCCAGAGAUUCACGCCGUGAUGAAGGCUACUCUUUUGUUGUUGGGUCAUUACGAAGAAGAAACUAGGGACUGGAAAAACGUUCAAGCUAUAAUUGGUAAAACUGGCCGCCAGUCUCUGAAGAGGAAGAUUAACACAUUUGACAUCAACCAUUGUAAACUCGACAUAGCGCUUGGAGCCAAAAAACUUCUUGGUGACAUGCAACUCGAACACAUCGUCAACCAGAGCUGUGGAGCCGCUACGUUCUAUGAGUGGUCCACUGAAAUCAUCCAGGAAAUUCAGAACAGAUUCACAGACGAAGUAGUGCAGAUGACCAUUGCUCGGACUCGAGGUUCUAGAAUUUCCUACACCCGACAAAGAACUUCGCUCUAUGAUGAACUUUGAACUUUUUUGCUGCAGCCUCAUCAGAUAAUGUCCUAGAACUUUUGCUGAUAUAUUUCUUGUUUUCAUUCAUAAAAAAAAUCUUACAUAUCAUCCAUUAUCUGUGUCUCCAGUGUUUUAUAUCCACAGCUUUUAAACAAUAUUAUUUAAUGCAUCUAUGAAGAAACAAAAGUUUUUGAAAUCAUGCAAAAUAGUAAUAUUAAUGUUACAUUUCAUAUAAGAGAAGAAAAAAACGGUUCCGCGGAUGGGGUGGACUUGUUCUGAUUGCAACGUGCGAUUUUCCCCCAAAGUUAAUAACUACUACUGUUAGUCUUGUUGUAUGGUCCAUUCUCGGUUUCAGGUUUGUUUGGGGUUUUGUGUAUAUAUUUUUAUACAGAUUCCUUCGUCUACCCCUGACAUCGAGGUAGAAGGCUCACGGCGGUUAUGACCAGUCAACAGGGGAUGCUUACUCCUCCUUGACACCUGAUCCCACUUUUGUUUUGUCCAGGGUGCGUGCUUGCCCUACUCUUAAUUUAGAAUUUUUUAUAGAUUAAGUCAUUGCUCAUUAUCUUCGCCUUUUCAUUAUCAGCUUAUCAGUAGGUUAUGUUUAGUAUGGUGGGACAAUAACACAACUUGUGCUUACUUAUCAUGUAUCAGUAAUUCUCUUUGUAGAGUAUCACAACAAGAGUAGUCCGUCAGUUGUAGUAUUGUAGGCGAUAUAUAUAUAUAGAUCUACACGUACUUAUUAGAAAUUAUUAAUUGACGUAAAGCUUGUAAACUGUAAUUUACGAAAUAUGAAAGACCAGAACACGAAUACGACUUUGCAGUGGCGGAUUUAAGGGGGGCGCAGCCGGCGCGCGCCCCUCCCCUAAAAUUUUCAAAUUUAAGGUACAUGUAAAUCGUGGUCUCUUGUUUAGAAAAGUGUAAUCGAUGAAAUAAGCAAUUUCUUCCACUCUCAGAGCAAUGAAUUACAAAAUCUUUUGAUUUAUUGAAUUACUUUUAUUGAGAGAACUUACAUUUUUUCCAAAACCCCUUAAAAUUUGCACGUUAUUGAUUUCCCUCUAUCAAAAAUGACAGAAAAUAGUAAAAAUUACUACAUAGGAGACAUAUUUGAAGCCCUAUAAAAUCUGUAAAGACUUGCACUGUCGGUACUGUUAUCCUUGAUGGAAUAAAUUAUAUCAUUGGGAGUUACUACCGCAACGUUUUUAUUUUAUCAUUAAAACCAACGUGGUAUUGCGAGGUUACUAAGUUCCUGAAAAGUACAAAUUCAAGGAUAUGUUAACAUACAAGGUUAAAUUGACAUAUAUUUUAAUGUGAACUGAAAGGCUUACUUUGUGCUUAUAAUGUUGACAUAUAAAAGUUGAGGUACUUCCUUAUGAUUAGUUACAAUCUGACUUUCUGUUAUUGUUAAUCAUCUAAGUUGACACAAAUUGAAUGUAUAUACUUUUUUGUUGUUGCAAUAAAUAUGAAUCGGUAA